CAAUUGUUUCUCUGGAUUCUGAUUGGCGAGCUGUGCAGUUGGAAAAACAGGACACGCCAUAUUGACAAUUUUUGAAGAGAGUGCUACAUUUCUGGGUAGAAAUGGCUAAAUAGCUUUGUUUUAUCAACGGGAGACUCUGAGAUGUUGCACACGGGGGCGAUGGGUGAGGCCUCCAUGGAAGGUUGGUCCUACACCGAUGGGUCUAGUAUCUGCCUGCGGAGUCGUCCGAGCUCCAGUGAGAGAGACAGCCAGGUGCGGGCUGUCAGAGUGGCUCUUCUGUCCAAGCUGGGGCCCUACGAACCCGUCCUGACCUACCUACAGUCUGUUCUGGUGUGGGAACGACCUUUCCACAGUGUCCUUCUCUACAUUGUUGUCAACAUUGUAUUCUGGUUCUUUGCUUUGACUUCACUGCGUUUGCUGUUCCUGCUGGCGACAGGCCUGGCUGUGCUUGUAUUUGCUGAUACCUGGAGGAAUAAGAUCUGGCCAGAAAUUAGAGUCAGAAAGUUGGAAGAAACAGAAAAUGAGAGCUGGGGUCUGGUGCAACCCGGCAUCCUCAGUGUGCCUGAACUGUGCCAUCACUUAGCAGAGGUCUGGGUCAGUUCGUCCAUUUUCACAUCCAGCAUGGUGGAAUACAAACGACAAAACCCUGGCAAUUUCUGUGUCCUGAUCUGUGGAGUUUUCUCCUGCUUGGCUAUGAUUGGAUACUACAUUCCUGGAUUGGUGCUCUUCUACUUUGCAUUGUUGGCCUCUCUACUCGCCCCUCUGGCUGCCUAUCACCGGGUCUUUCAGCAUCUGUAUGUCAGGCUGGAGCCAGUCCUGCAGCGGCUGGACUUCAGUGUUCGUGGAUAUAUGAUGUCAAAGCCCAUUGAUAAUCAGUUCCUGCGAAGACCUUUACGUGGUGCAGCCUCAGACGAAGCAAGCGACAGUGAGGAGGAGCUGGCUGCAUUUUGUCCAAAAUUUGAUGAUGCUGAUGCUGCCAAAGAACUUGCACUGACUGAUUCAGAGCACUCUGAUGCUGAGGUGUCCUAUACAGACAAUGGAACCUUUAAUCUUUCCCGGGGUCAGACCCCGCUUACAGAGGGCUCUGAAGACCUUGACAGACACAGUGAUGCUGAGGAAUCUUUUGCUCAAGAUCUCCCAGACUUCCCGUCCAUAAACCCUGACGCCACUUUAAUGGAUGAUGACGACGACACAAGCAUUGGGCUUCCCAGUCUGGGCCCGUCUGGCCUGGGGAGUCAUCGCGCCUCGGUGUUAGACGUGGAUGCACAUCUGGACUCCGACCAGGAGGAACUGGAUGCAGAACUCUCCCUCAGCGGCCUCCCAUCCGCCUCAGAUUUCAGUGGAGAGUUGGCCGGAGCGAUUGCCAGCAACAUGAUCCAGGCGGCGAUCGCCGGGGCGUUGCAGCCUCGGCCUCCUCCCGCCCAGCGGAGACAAGCCCACCCUAGAUCUGUGUCCCACAGAAGCUACCGCAAACAGUCCAGCUCUGAGUUUGACACGGACUUAGACGCAGAAGACUUUGAAAUGCUGGACCAGUCUGAACUGAACCAGAUGGAUCCGUUUGGAGGAGGGGGGGCAAGACGAGGCGAGAGUCAGGGUUCUAAUUUCUUAGCGAGCCUUCUUGGUAAACCACAGUGAAGAGCGUGUGCUGCUGUGUGUGUGCGAUAGUCUAAAAUUGACCAGCAUAGAAAACAACUUUAGUUCCAGCUGUCCUGCUUCUGGUAGGCAAAUAUUUCUCACUGUGAAGUAUUAUAUAUUUUUCCCAUUUUUAUUUACCAUUCCUGGUCUACUCUGAUCAGCGAGAACUUAUUUAAUUUGUAGGCUGAGCAAUAGGAAAUACAACCACAAAAUAAAACACAGUGUGACAUUUGAUAAAGUAGCAAUAUCAAAGUCAAAAAUUAUACUCUUAAAAACCUACAGGAGUGCCCAUUAAAUCUUUUCUACUUUUAAUUCAAGACAAACAGGGCUAUUUAACAUAGGACCAAAUAUGACAUUCCUGUUGCUUGAGCUGUGCCAUGUUUGACACUGAUAUUCUGGAAAACAUUCAAUAUUCAAGAUUAUUUCAUUAUUCUGUCUUUUAAGAGAAGAUAUUUCAUUUUAGCUUCUUAACAGGACUUUAUUAUAGGAGGUGAAUUUGUCUGAUUUCUGCAAGUUUUCAGAGCUUUACUUGGGUUUUUAAACUCUUGCUUUCCUACUGAUGCUGUAGAACACAUCUUUAUUUGUUUUUGUUUUUUUUAUCCCAGACUAAAGUCUUAAAGAGAGAAAAGUAUUUCUUUUAAUUAACUAGGAUUUUUUUUCAAAUGCAAAAGAGAUCCGUGAUUAAAUCCCCAAUUGUUUUUAUCUCCCUUCCCCUCUGAAUAACCCUUCUAAACAUGCAAGGGUAAUAUAUUACAUCUUGUCCUUGUAUGUUCAUUUGGAAAUAUGUUUACAUCAAAAUUGUAUAAAGAUUGAGCUCAUAUUUUUUAAAACUUUGGUACAUCGAGGUUUAAAGUGAUAUUCGUAAAGAUCUGUCUGAUUUAUCUGUGUGUUGGGGAAAAUAUGGCACUUUAAACCUGAAAAACUCACAGGGAUUUAUUUAAUCUUAAUUGCUGUUUAUUGGUUAAAACAAAAAGCAGUUUCUUUUAUUUUUAAAAGAUUAAUCUUAUCUGAAACAUUUUUUGUGCUUCAAACAAAAAACAGCUGGAUCCUAAUUUGAGUAACUGAAGUAGAAAAUGAAUGCACUGAUGGAUAGCAAGGAGGAUUUUGGGGGGUUUGUUAGACUUGGGUUUUAAUUUUUCUCCAAGCUGCUCUAUGAAAAGGUAAAUCUUCAGUUUUAAGUGUUCUCUAGUCUGCUAAGUUAAUGUGCAUAGAAUUGUAUUUUCUCUGUAUCUGGUUUUGAUAUAUUUUGAAGUGCAACAUACAUUGAAUAAAAUGUUU